AUGAUCCCACAGUCCCCUGUUCAAUGCAGCAGUGCCGGGUGCAUUCUCCGCAACUCCUACGGUGCGUGGGGUGACCGCAGGGACUGUUCUGCGCUCAACGUGACAUACCCGACAACAGAAGAAGAGCUCCGUUCGGCAGUGUCCUACGCUGUCCGCAACAACCUCAAAGCCAAGGUGGUCACGAGAUUCUCCCACACCAUUCCCAAGUUAGCAUGUCCCCAAGGGAGCGGAAGAGCAAGCACAGGUGCCACUCUGCUCAUCAGCACAGAGAAGUACGACUCUGGGAUCGAAAUCGAUGCUGCGAGUAUGACUGUGACUGCUGAUGCGGGUGUGGGCCUCCGGCAAUUGAUCGACGCGGUUGAGAGUGGAGGGUUCAGCUUGGUGGCUGCGCCUUAUUGGGAGGGUGUGACGGUUGCAGGGGUUAUCAGCACGGGGGCGCAUGGUAGCUCGUGGUGGGGGAAAGGUGGUUCUGUUCACGAUCAUGUUGUGGGGAUUAAUGUUGUUGUCCCUGCUUCCAAAUCUGAAGGGUAUGCGAAGGUUUUGAGAUUGCGGGCACAUGACCCAAUGCUUGAUGCGGCCAAACUCUCUCUCGGAGUCCUCGGUGCCAUCUCCAAGGUAAAAUUAUCAGUGGAGUAUAGGUUCAAAAGAAGCAUAACUUACAAUUUUACAGAAGAAGAUGAUGGUAUCGAAGAUGUAUACGUAGAGCAUGCAGAAAAGUACGAAUUUGCAGAUAUAACUUGGUAUCCAUCAAGACACACAGUGGUGUACAGAUACGAUUCCAGGGUUCCCUUAAAUGCCUCAGGUGAUGGAGUUAAUGACUUCAUUGGAUUUCAACCCAAUUCCAUCUUCAUAUCUGAAUCGGUUAGAGCAGCAGAAAAAUUGCUAGAAAGUACGAGAAACCCUAGUGGAAAAUGCUUAACAGCAGCUACUACAUUAGGCUUCAAGAAAUUAGUAGGCAAUGGGUUGAAGAACAAUGGCAAAAUCUUCAGUGGCUACCCAGUAGUGGGUUACCAAGGCAAAAUGCAAACUUCAGGUUCAUGCUUAUACUCAACAAGAUUAGACACAUCAUGUGCUUGGGAUCCACGAAUCAAAGGGCUAUUCUUCUAUGAGAGCACUGCUAUCUUCCCUGCAUCAACAUUUGGUGACUUCCUUCGUGAUGUGAGGAAACUGAGAGACCUAAAUCUAGAAAAUUUCUGUGGGGUGGACAACUACAACGGGUUGCUAUUUCGCUUCAUCAAAGCCUCAAGUGCAUAUCUAGGGCAACCUGAGGACUCUGUAGUGGUUGAUUUCAACUAUUAUCGUGCAAACGACCCAUCAAUUCCUAGACUGAACCAAGAUGUGUGGGAGGAAGUGGAGCAAUUGGCAUUCUUCAAGUAUGGUGCUAAGCCACAUUGGGCUAAGAAUAGGAACAUAGCAUUCUUUGGGGUGCAACACAAGUAUCCCAAGUUUAACAUGUUCAUUGCAGCAAAACAAAAAAUGGAUCCACAAAAUGUGUUCUCUAGUGAAUGGUCAGAUGAUAUACUUUAUGGGAAGGAAUCAGAAAAGGUUGAUGGCUGUGCCUUGGAGGGACUCUGCAUAUGUAGCGAAGACAGACAUUGCAGCCCUCAAAAAGGGUUUUACUGCAGCCAUGGCCUUGUCUACAAGGAAGCUAGAGUAUGUAGAUAUUUACAACCAUCCAUGUAA